AUUUGCUUCCACUAUAUUUCCUUUAUUUGUUCUAAAUUAUUGCAGAGAUUUUAAAAGAUGAAAAUAAUACUGUGAGGGUAAAAUGAACCGUUCCAGUGUGACUGAAUUCAUACUAUUAGGAUUAUCUCUGUCAGAAAAGACACGCAUCUGCAUUUUUAUUGUCUUCCUUCUCAUCUACACCAUAACCAUUCUGGCCAAUGUCUUAAUCAUCAUAUUGGUAUAUAGUAAUCAUCAACUUCAUAGUCCUAUGUAUAUUCUGCUAAGCAGUUUUUCUUUCUUGGAGAUUUGUUACACAGCAGUUACAGUGCCCAAAAUGCUGUCAGACUUAAGUCAUCACAAUCCAGCUAGCAUUUCUGUCGUUGGAUGUUUUACUCAGUAUAACUUUUUUUCUCUAUGUGCCGCUACUGAGCAUUUCAUCCUUGUUGUUAUGGCUUAUGACCGCUAUAUUGCCAUUUGUUUCCCUCUUCGUUAUGGGAGUAUAAUGACCAAUAAGGUUUGUAUUCAACUUAUACUUAUUUGCUGGUGCAUAAGUAUUCUAUCUGUUUUAAUCCCAGCCUUUUUUUUAUCAAAGCUCAUUUUUUGUGGACCCAACAAAAUUGACCAUUUCUUUUGUGAAUUUAAUCCACUAUUAAAACUGUCCUGCUCCAACACCCACAUUAUCCAAAUCAUUUUCAAUUCACUCUCUUGGAUUAUAAUUGUUGGUUGUCUACUUUGCAUUGCAGUAUCCUAUUUCUGUAUCAUUUCAGCUAUUGUAAAAAUUCCUUCCAGACUUGGAAAAACAAAAACUUUUUCUACUUGUGCUUCUCAUUUGACUGUUGUUGGAAUAUUUUAUGGGACAGUUAUUUCUAUAUAUCUUAGACCAACAGUGAACACAACUUUUCAACAAAACAAAGUGGUUUCUGUAUUUUAUAUUGUAGUGACCCCUGUUCUGAACCCCAUUAUUUACAGCUUUAGAAAUGAGUUACUGAGAAAAGCAGUAUCUAUUUUGGUUAUAAGAAUAAGAAUGCAAUGUUUUUGUAGACAGUAAACAUGUAAUAUAUUGUGUACAUUUGUGCAGAUACG